CAUCCUCAUGCCUCUUCGCUAUGCUCCGAACGCGAAACCUUUUUCUCAAACCCUUAUCUAAGAGUAAAUCCUUCUCGACAACCGCAAUGGCUCCUCAAAAGCUCCGAAUCGGCUAUGUGCCCGAGCACUUCUCCACGCCUCUUGCUUUCGCCUCAAACAAAUAUUACCUCCACGCCGACCUGAUUCCCUUUCCGACUGGCACCGGAGCUCUCGCAGCAUCUCUCAAAGUGCCUCGUAAUGAGGACGGAAGCAUAGAUGUAGCGAUUGGGCUGACGGAAGGGUUCGUUGCAGACCUGGGAAAAUCGAAGGCAGAGGGAAAGCAUGCCGGGUAUGGAUUCGUGGGGACAUAUGUGGAAUCGCCAUUAUGUUGGGCGAUCUCUACUGGCUCCAAAAGGAACGAAAUCAAUAGCGUGGAAGACUUGAAAGGAAAGAAAGUGGGAGUCAGCAGGAUUGGAAGUGGAAGUUAUGUCAUGAGUUAUGUCCUUGCAGACCAGAAGGGCUGGUUGGAGAAGGGCAAAGAACCAUUUGAAGAGCAUGUGCCCAUUGGCGAUUUCGCAGCUCUGAGGAAAUCUGUGGGCCAGGAUAAAAGCAGCGACUUCUUCAUGUGGGAACAUUUCACAACCAAACACUACUGGGACAAUGGAGAGCUGAAGCGAAUCGGGGAAAUCUACACUCCGUGGCCGAGCUGGAUGAUUAUGGCGAGGACACAUGAGAAUCUUGAAGCCGAGGUGGAGGAUAUGAUGCAGAGGAUCAACGAUGGGGUGCAGUAUUAUCGCGAAAACAAAGAGGAGGCUGUGGAGCAUAUCACGAAUCAUAUGGAGUAUUCGAGAGAGGACGCACUGGAGUGGAUGAAGACUGUGAGAUUUGCAGACGAUGUGAGAGGCGUGAGUGCGACCACGGUGGACACGACAGCGGCUAUCCUGCGUAAGGCGGGUGUGCUGACAGACAAAGCUGGAGGGAGCGAGCAUAUGAUCAUCGUCGGCAGGGCGGAACCAGAAGUUAUUGCGAAUCCAGCCGAUGUGUAGCACAGUACGUUCCGGGCUCCUUCUCUGACAGGACUUGCUUGUUUGAGGAUCAAAGUCUUCUGGCUAUCCAGGGAGGACAUGGUCAGAUUCAGACACAGCGAGUAUCGAGAUUUUUACCUUACUCGCUACACCGUCCGCAGCAGCAAGGUGACGCAUCCAGAAUACUUCUCAGCACCCGCGCUGCCAACUGUGACAGAUUUGCAUCAUUCUCCAGUGCCCGAGAGGCUACUUUCAGUAACAGAACUAUAUCCUGAACGUUGCCAGUUGAGCUCGAGCGCAGAGACAAAGACUUUGGCGGCAGGAGGAUCCGCACAGUAUUCGAUGGACGUCUGGAACAACGGAGGAUGCAAACAGGAGGUCAUCCGCAGUGCCACAUUUCAAUGCAAGGGAAUCGAUUAUUAGGAGCAGAGCAGAUGCUUACUACCUAGUCGAGAACACCAUUAUCUUUGCCCGAAUUCAGGACAUCCUCUCGGUAUUCAGACUUCACCACACGAGUACCUCAACGUCCCUACAGCUCGUGCUUUGUGUGCAGUGUAGACUACGUUACCUUACUACCUUAGACGUGAUGAAU